AUGGAGGGGCGAGUGUCGUGGCAAGGGGACAGGUCGAGAGGUGGGGCAAGGGGGCGACAAGGGACGGGGCGAGAGGCGGGGCAAGGGGGCGAGAGGCGGGGCAAGGGGGCGACAGGGGGGCGGGGCGAGAGAGGUGGCAAGGGGGCGGGGCGAGAGGCUGGGCAAGGGGGCGACAAGGAAGCGGGGCAAGGGGGCGACAAGGAAGCGGGGCAAGGGGGCGACAAGGAAGCGGGGCAAGGGGGCGACAAGGAGGCGGGGCAAGGGGGCGACAAGGAGGCGGCGCAAGGGGGCGACAGGGGGACUGGGCGAGAGGCGGGGCAAGGGGGCGACAGGGGGACGGGGCGAGAGGCGGGGCAAGGGGGCGACAGGGGGACGAGGCGAGAGGCGGGGCAAGGGGGCGACAGGGGGACGAGGCGAGAGGCGGGGCAAGGGGGCGAGAGGCGGGGCAAGGGGGCAACAGGGGGACGGGGCGAGAGGCGGGGAAGGGGGCGACAGGGGGACGGGGCGAGAGGCGGGGCAAGGGGGGCGACAGGGGGACGGGGGCGAGAGGCGGGGCAAGGGGGCGACAGGGGGACGGGGGCGAGAGGCGGGGCAAGGGGGCGACAGGGGGACGGGGCGAGAGGCGGGGCAAGGGGGCGACAGGGGGACGGGGCGAGAGGGGGCGACAGGGGGACGGGGCGAGAGGCGGGGCAAGGGGGCGACAGGGGGACGGGGCGUGAGGCGGGGCAAGGGGGCGACAGGGGGACAGGGGGUGGGGGCGAGAGGCGGGGCAAGGGGGCGACAGGGCGACGGGGCGAGAGGCGGGGCAAGGGGGCGACAGGGGGACGGGGCGAGAGGCGGGGCAAGGGGGCGACAGGGGGACGGGGCGAGAGGCGGGGCAAGGGGGCGACAGGGGGACGGGGCGAGAGGCGGGGCAAGGGGGCGACAGGGGGACGGGGCGAGAGGCGGGGCAAGGGGGCGAGAGGCGGGGCAAGGGGGCGACAGGGGGACGGGGGCGAGAGGCGGGGCAAGGGGGCGACAGGGGGACGGGGCGAGAGGCGGGGCAAGGGGGCGACAGGGGGACGGGGCGAGAGGCGGGGCAAGGGGGCGACAGGGGGACGGGGCGAGAGGCGGGGCAAGGGGGCGAGAGGCGGGGCAAGGGGGCGACAGGGGGACGGGGCGAGAGGCGGGGCAAGGGGGCGACAGGGGGACGGGGCGAGAGGCGGGGCAAGGGGGCGACAGGGGGACGGGGCGAGAGGCCUUGCAAGGGGGCGACAGGGGGACGGGGUGAGAGGCGGGGCAUGGGGACGACAGGGGGACGGGGCGAGAGGUGGGGCAAGGGGGCGACAGGGGGACGGGGCGAGAGGCGGGGCAAGGGGGCGACAGGGGGACGGGGCGAGAGGCGGGGCAAGGGGGGGACAGGGGGACGUGGGCGAGAGGCGGGGCGAGAGGCGGGGCAAGGGGGCGACAGGGGGACGGGGGCGACAGCACGACGGGGGCGACAGGGGGACGGGGGCGAGAGGCGAGGCAAGGGGGCGACAGGGGGACGGGACGAGAGGCGGGGCAAGGGGGCGACAGGGGGACGGGACGAGAGGCGGGGCAAGGUGGCGACAGGGGGACGGGGCGAGAGGCUGGGCAAGGGGGCGACAGGGGGACGGGGCGAGAGGCUGGGCAAGGGGGACGGGGAGAGAGGCGCAGCGAGAGGCGCGGCAAGGGGGCGACAGGGGGACAGGGCGAGAGGUGGGGUAA